AUGUCCAACCAACUGAGGUCGCAACGCAAAGAGGCAGCUGAAGCCGAAACGGGGCCACGAGAUACAGGCGAAGCAGAGAUAGAGAAGGCAGAAACCACCUCACUGGGUGUUAAUCAUCAUGAUGAAGAGUCUGGGCUUGCCCCCGACGAGAACACUGUGGGUAUGAUCGGGAAAAUGCUCAUUCUACAACAAGAAAACGAAGGAGCAACAGCCACGAGACUAUCGCCUGCGGAGAUGCGCCAGUUGGUUCCAGCAAGACAAUCCGGUGAGGUUGAUGGUACCGAAAGAGGAGGCGACAAAGAUGGUAGAGGUCUUGCUUUUAAGGAUCAGCCGGAAGCAAUGAAACGCUCAGUGGAGGAUGGAGAAGAUGACAUUGAAGCUGCCUUAUCUGCCACCAAUGUGCAUUCAUCGUCAAAAGAUGUCUCCCCUUCCCCUUCGGACAAACCCUGCUGCUCCAAGAGAGAUAGUGUCACAAGUCGAACGGCCAGUGUCACAAGUCACAGAAGUAGCGGUACCAGUGCUGCACCAGGUGCAUUCGCGGUAACCGGAGCGGCGGAAGCAUGGAGGCAGGAGACGGAUUCCCAGGAUGCUACUGCCGAUUCCGAAGCCAUGCAUAACCCCGACUCCGACGAUAGCAGCGGUGCUGGGUUGGAGACACUGGCAGAAGCAAACCCCGUUACGGAGACUGAGGAUCCAGACGAUAUGCCGCGAGCAGUGCCAUUCGAGAGAAUGAUCAAACCAAACAAGAAGUGGUCCGAAACUCUACCCAGACUGGCCCUUCCUGUGGGCUUCUUCUUUGUAGUUCUUGUCUCCAUCACAGUUGUUUCAAUUUGCGCAAAGGGCGUCUGUCAGGUGGAUGGCAGUGAAACAGGAGGCACGCUGCGAGAAACUGUGGAAGGACCUCGCAUUAAGAAUGCGCUGAUGCACGUGUUGGGUUCAGACUACUUUAACCCGCAAGGGAACGCAAGCUGGAAGACAAGACGAAAAGCCCUGGGAUGGAUUCUGAACAAGGACCCCAUGCAGCUCCAUGCCGAGGACGAAAACUUGGUUCAGAGAUUUAUACUCGUACUCUUCUACUUUCAGACGACACAAAGCCGUCCUUGGCACGAUUGCAACCCGAGUCCGGAGACACCAACCAAGUUCUGCUACAAAAAUCCUCAUCCCAAUGAACCUUUACUACUGUUGGGCGAACGGUGGCUGUCUGGGAAUCAUGAAUGUCAGUGGGCUGGCGUUGAUUGUUACACUACUGAUGCGAGCCAAAUGAAGGUUAUAGGGCUUGAUCUAGGGUUCAAUGGUCUCAAUGGCCCCCUCCCCUGGGAAGUAACCAAACUCUCCCAUCUAAAAGAACUCAGGUUGCGAGAUGGCGAGCUGUCUGGGACUGUUCCAAGCCUCCUACACAGAGACUUCGGCGCCACCCUGGAGGUGCUGGAUCUUCGUGACAAUAUCUUGACGGGACCACUCCCAGUUGGGCCAUUUCGAAGCUUGCGUUCACUCAUCUUGAGCAACAACACAAUCAGUGGCACCAUUCCUAGUACAAUAGGAAUGGUUCCCCUUGAAACCCUUUCAUUAGCCCACAACGCAAUCACAGGUACAGUGCCUCAUGAAAUCUUUCUCCAGCCAUCCAUUAGAGGGCUGUACCUCUCCAACACCCAACUAAGUGGAACCUUGCCCACAGAGGUAGGACAGGCAAGAAACUUGUGGCACUUGUUUUUGGGAAACACUGGCCUCUCUGGGAGCAUACCCUCGCAGAUUGCAUUGUUAAAACAUUUGGCAGAGAUGGAUCUAUCCACCACAAGGAUGGGUGGACGCAUUCCAGAAGAGCUCUAUCAAGGACUGCAUGAUUUGAGGAGUCUCAGGAUGGCCAAUUGCGGCUUCACAGGCACCAUCAGCUCGGGCGUGGGACUGUUGACCAACCUUUUUGUGCUCGAUGUUGCCAAUAAUCAGUUGGAAGGAACCUUGCCAGAAGAAAUAUCCAAUUUGAGUGAUCUGGAUCGCUCCAGGUGGAAUGGGAACAACUUUUCAGGCAUCGUGCCUCUAAAUUUGUGCUAUGAGCGCCUGGUACACAUCAAGUUUGAGCUUGUGGCUGACUGUUCACCAGACGCUGCAACAGGUAUACCAAGAGUCCAAUGUCCAAGCGAUUGCUGCACGAGCUGCUGCGAUUGGAAGACAAGAGUUUGCUCGUGA